ACUAUCGCGAGAUCGGCCAGAUCACCGGAACUCUCGCGAUCGAAUCCAGCGGCUGCGCGAAAGACGACUGCGAAGCAAGACAUUUUCAUCUUGGCCUGUUUUGUCCCACCGCCAAGCGAUUACCGGAAGAAGUCACUCGGCGCCCCCAAAGAUGUCUGACAGCGACGACAGCGACUUCUCCGACAACCAGAGCGAGCGCAGCAGCGACGGAGAAGCCGAAGAGGUGGAGGAGAACGAGGAGGAGCCGGGCAGCCCCGUGGGCAGCGACAAAGUGGCUGAGGAGGAGGGCGAGGACCUGGAUGACGAGUACGACGAAGAAGAGGAAGACGACGAUGAGCGUCCUCGGAAGAAACCGCGCCACGGAGGCUUUAUCCUGGAUGAAGCCGAUGUGGACGACGAGUAUGAGGAUGAAGAAGACCAAUGGGAGGAAGGAGCUGAGGACAUCCUGGAGAAAGAGGAGGCUGAAGUGUCCAACAUCGACCACGUGGUCCUGGAUGAAGACCACUCAGGGUCCAGGAGGCUGCAGAACCUCUGGAGAGACUCUCGAGAGGAGGCGCUGGGCGAAUACUACAUGAGGAAGUACGCCAAGUCCUCUGGAGGGGAGCACUACUCGGGAGGGUCGGAGGAGCUCUCCGAUGACAUCACCCAGCAGCAGCUACUUCCCGGUGUCAAGGAUCCCAACCUGUGGACUGUCAAGUGCAAGAUUGGGGAGGAGCGGGCGACGGCUAUCGCACUGAUGAGGAAGUUCAUCGCCUAUCAGUUCACGGACACGCCUCUCCAGAUCAAGUCGGUGGUGGCGCCGGACCACGUGAAGGGCUACAUCUAUGUGGAGUCUUACAAGCAGACGCACGUGAAAGCCGCCAUCGAGGGCAUCGGAAACCUUCGCAUGGGCUUGUGGAACCAGCAGAUGGUUCCCAUCAAGGAGAUGACGGACGUCCUCAAGGUGGUCAAAGAGGUCACCAACCUGAAGCCCAAAUCCUGGGUCAGGCUCAAACGAGGCCUGUACAAAGACGACAUUGCGCAGGUGGACUACGUCGAGCCCAGCCAGAACACCAUCUCGCUCAAAAUGAUCCCUCGCAUCGAACUGGACCGCAUCAAAGCCAAGAUGAGCCUGAAAGACUGGUACGCCAAGAGGAAGAAGUUCAAGAGGCCUGCCCAGAGGCUCUUUGAUGCCGAAAAAAUCAGGGCGCUUGGAGGGGAGGUCAGUCACGAUGGCGACUUCAUGAUCUUCGAGGCCAAUCGUUACAGCCGCAAAGGAUUCCUCUUCAAGAGCUUCGCCAUGUCGGCGGUGAUCACAGACGGCGUGAAGCCCACGCUCUCCGAGCUGGAGAAGUUUGAAGACCAGCCGGAAGGAAUCGACUUGGAGGUGGUCACCGAGUCAGGCAAGGAGCGCGAGCACAACCUGCAGGCGGGUGACAACGUGGAGGUGUGUGAGGGGGAGCUGAUCAACUUACAGGGGAAAAUCCUCAGCGUGGACGGCAACAAGAUCACCAUCAUGCCCAAACAUGAAGACCUCAAGGACCCCCUGGAGUUCCCAGCUCAAGAGUUGAAGAAAUACUUCCGGAUGGGCGACCACGUGAAAGUGAUCGCCGGCCGAUACGAAGGCGACACGGGCCUCAUCGUACGCGUGGAGGAGAGCUUUGUCAUCCUCUUCUCCGACCUCACCAUGCACGAACUGAAGGUGUUGCCGAGAGAUCUGCAGCUCUGCUCGGAAACGGCGUCUGGCGUGGAUGCGGGGGGGCAGCACGAGUGGGGGGAGCUGGUCCAGCUGGACCCGCAGACAGUGGGUGUUAUCGUGCGGCUGGAGAGAGAAACCUUCCAGGUGUUGAACAUGCACGGCAAAGUGCUGACGGUGCGCCACCAGGCGGUCAACCGGAAGAAGGACAACCGCUUCGCCGUGGCCCUGGACUCGGAGCAGAACAACAUCCACGUCAAAGACAUCGUCAAGGUCAUCGACGGGCCCCACUCGGGCCGCGAAGGCGAGAUCCGCCACCUUUUCCGGGGAUUCGCCUUCCUGCACUGUAAGAAGCUGGUGGAGAACGGAGGAAUGUUUGUCUGCAAGACUCGACACCUCGUGCUGGCCGGCGGCUCCAAGCCCCGAGACGUGACCAACUUUACGGUGGGCGGCUUUGCACCCAUGAGCCCUCGCAUCAGCAGCCCCAUGCAUCACGGCGGCGGCGGUGCUCAGCAGCGAGGGGGAGGCGGAGGCGGCAUGGGGCGGGGCCGAGGACGACGGGACAACGAGCUGAUCGGCCAGACGGUUCGCAUCUCGCAGGGUCCAUACAAAGGUUACAUCGGUGUGGUGAAGGACGCCACGGAGUCCACGGCCAGAGUGGAGCUUCACUCCACCUGUCAGACCAUCUCCGUCGACAGACAACGCCUGACCACCAUGGGUGCGCAGAAGCACAGCGGCAUGACCUCCACCCACGGGCGCACGCCCAUGUACGGCUCGGGCUCCCGGACGCCCAUGUGCGGCUCGCAGACGCCGCUGCACGACGGAAGCCGUACGCCUCACAGCGGCUCGCAGACGCCGCUGCACGACGGCAGCAGGACGCCCGGUCAGAGCGGCGCCUGGGACCCCAACAACCCCAACACGCCGUCCAGGAACGACGAGGAGUACGACUUUGGCUUUGACGACGAGCCCUCGCCCUCGCCUCAGGGCUACGGGGGGACCCCGAACCCCCAGACGCCAGGCUACCCAGAGGUCCCGUCUCCGCAGGUCAACAAUCAGUACAACCCUCAGACGCCAGGCACGCCCGCUAUGUACAACACGGAGCAGUAUUCUCCCUACACCGCCCCCUCGCCACAAGGCUCCUACCAGCCCAGUCCGAGUCCUCAGAGCUACCACCAGGUGGCGCCCUCGCCGGUAGGCUACCAGAACACCCACUCUCCAGCCAGCUACCACCCCACGCCCUCACCCAUGGCUUACCAGGCCAGCCCGAGUCCGAGUCCGGUGGGCUACAGCCCCAUGACGCCCGGAGCGCCCUCUCCCGGCGGCUACAACCCCCACACGCCGGGCUCCAACAUCGAGCAGGGCGGCAGCGACUGGGUGACCACCGACAUCCUGGUGCGGGUCAAGGACUCCUUCGCGGACCUGAUGGGACAGAGGGGAGUCAUCCGCAGCGUCACGGGCGGCAUGUGCUCCGUCUUCAUGCAGGAGUCGGAGAAGGUGGUGAGCGUCAGCAGCGACCACCUGGAGCCCGUCACGCCCACCAAGAACGACAAGGUGAAGGUGAUCCUGGGAGAGCACCGCGAGGCCACGGGCACGCUGCUGAGCAUCGACGGAGACGACGGCAUCGUGCGCAAAGUCCUCGACAACCAGCUGAUGAUCCUCAACCUGAGGUUCCUGGGAUGUCUGGGCCACUGAGGCCACCAAAAACAAAGCCCCACAAAAAGAUUCUCCUCUCAGACAAAUUAGUCUUUAGGUGUCGCGUCGCUAUUUGUAUUUUCUCACUUUUCUUAGAUCAUCAUCUCAAUCCUAAACAGCUCCAUCAGAUUUGAGUUGCUCUGUGCCCAUGCGUGCGCGCGCACACCCCGAUGACGUCAAUAAAGUAUGAAACAGGCCACGUCA